CUUAGGAGGUGAGCCUGCCAGACGGCACAGACUUUCCCAGUGCAGAAUCAGCGAGAUGAAGAGCAGCGUCGACCCGUCAUCAUGUGCUCUAGGCUCCCAAGGACCGCCUGCCUACUGCGACUCAUUGAGCUCUGCAUCCUCCUCUCGCACACUGCAGCAUAUUUUGGGCUGACAGGCCGAGAGCCCUUGGUCUUUUUGCCUGCCCCAUUCUCCAAUGAACCCCCAACGGGAAAAGCUCACCUAAAACAAUGCGAGCAGAUGACCCUGACCCGUAGGCAGAAACGAAUGUGCCGCCGCGAGCCGGGUUUGGCCGAGACGCUGCGUGAAUCAGUGCGCCUCAGCCUCUUGGAGUGCCGUUAUCAAUUCCGGAACGAGCGGUGGAACUGUAGCUUGGACGGCCGCGGGAGUCUUCUGAAAAGAGGCUUCAAGGAGACGGCCUUUCUUCUUGCGGUGUCUUCAGCGGCAUUGUCCCACGCACUAGCAAAGGCUUGCAGCUCAGGCCGAAUGGAGAGGUGCACGUGCGAUGACUCCCCAGGAAUACAGCAUCGCGAGGCAUGGCAGUGGGGGGUCUGCGGUGACAACUUGAAAUACAGCACCAAAUUUCUCAAGAAGUUCUUGGGCCAGAAGAGGGUCAGCAAAGACCUGAGGGCGCAGAUCGACUCCCACAACAUUAACGUUGGAAUCCGGGCAGUGAAGAGUGGCCUGAAGACUACCUGUAAGUGUCACGGUGUCUCCGGUUCCUGUGCCGUGCGGACCUGCUGGAAGCAGCUGUCCCCAUUCCACGACACCGGGCGGCUGCUCAAGUUCCGCUACGACACGGCCGUGCGUGUGCUGAGCGUCACCAACGAGGCCACCGGGGAGACGGAGCUGGCGGGGCCGCGUCGCCACGGCCAGAGCCACCGCUCCACCGACCUGGUGUUCCUGGAGGACUCCCCCAGCUUCUGCAGGCCAUCACGCUACUCUCCCGGCACGGCCGGACGCUCCUGUGCCAAGGACACCAGCUGCCAGAGCCUUUGCUGCGGGCGCGGCUACAACACGGCCAUGCACCUCACCACCCUCUCCUGCCACUGCCAGGUGCGCUGGUGCUGCCAUGUAGAGUGCCAGACCUGUGUCAGGGAGGAGGAAGUGUACACCUGCAAAAAUACCUGAAAAGGGGGAGAGAUGGAGAGAAAAAGAGAAAAAGAUGGGGAGAAGAAAACGAGAACAUUCAGAAUGGCAGGACUAGAACCACUCAGACAUUACUCUUGAUAAAUUAAAGGGUUUGACUUUUAAACAUACCCUUACAAAUGCCUGUUUUGAACUGAGAACUGUUUUGGGAAGCAUGGAAAUGGAACGAGGUCAUAAUGUUGUUGGUAGUUUGCCACUUGUUGGAAUCGAACAUGCGCUGUCUCCUCAGAGGAGGCAGCAUCAAGACCACUUUCUGCUUUGCUCUUACUGAAUGCACUGACAUCACAGACCUUAAGUGAGAGGGAGAGAGGGUUGCCUUGCUGGACAGUUAUGGGCAGGGAAUGGGCUCUUCACAAGGUACUGGAAUGGACAGUAGGUCACCAUCAUUGUUUGGCAACAUCAUCUCUGUGGGAGCCCUGACAGUUCCAUUGGUCCUGUCCUCUUGUCGGUCGGUUCCUUAGUCCGUUUGUCUUACUGCUACUAUGCUGUAGUGCUUAAAUCAAGAUUUAGAGUAUUUCCAAAGUGGUGGAAAAUGCCAGAAAGGAAUCUAGAGCCUCUUGACGUCUCAUUUGCUGUUUGCUGGUCUCUUUGUUUGCUGUGAGAGCAGUCUAUGGGUUCAUUCAUUGAUAAUAGAAAAAUAAAGCACUUAUGUUGGCUAUGUUAUGUGUAGUACUUUACUCAUUUGCUUUAAGGUGAGAAAUGUAUCUAGGUCAAUACUGAUAUCCACCACACACCUUAAAAAGUCCCAUUGAAUCACUGGAUGUCUGAAUAUGGAAUGCUAGUACAGGUUGCCUAUAAUCACGGUGAGUUAGUAUGUCAUUUAUGACUAAACGCAGUCAUAGGGUUAUUGUGUGGUAAAGUAGACCCGUUGUCUCUUGUGAGAAUGUCUAUAAUAA